CCCUCCAGGAAAAGGAACAAACAACUGAAAGACAGUCAGGACAUUAGCCACCCAGUGAGCCGGGGGAAUCGGACACAACGCUGGCUCUGCUCGAGCAAUAAGCGGAGAGCGAGACAAUGAAAUGAAAAAGUUGGAAGCAGAGACUGCAGGAGAGGAGCACUUCUGCUUAUAGAGAGCACAGCUGAGAAGCACAAGGGGGAGAGGGGUUUACAGGGGGUCCGCACAAGGACAGACAUAAGGGUAAGACAUAAAGUACAUGAAAAGGCUAGACGGGCUGCUCUACUUAUACCUUUACAAGGCCCAGGGAAAUGAAACAGCUGGAGAAGAGCAAGCCAAAGAAGACUUUAAAUCAGAACAUUUAGACUGACCCAUUUACAAUCUGACAACACAAAAGGUUAAAUUAAAUAUGACUGCAUCCAGGCCAAAAGCACUGCAAACAUUUUGCCUUCUGUUACCUCUUCUGGUUUGGAUGGUGGACCGCUCAUUAUGUUACAAGCCAGUCAUUGUGGUCCAUGGAUUGUUUGACAGCUCAGCCAACUUUAAGAAUCUCUUACAGUAUAUCAAUGAGUCUCACCCAGGAACCAAUGUCACAGUCUUGGACCUGUUUGAUAACAAGGAGAGUUUGCAGCCUCUGUGGAAGCAGGUGCAAGGUUUCAAAGAAGCAAUCUAUCCAAUAAUGCAGAAUGCGGGCAGGGAUGGUGUGCAUCUGCUAUGUUAUUCACAGGGAGGGUUGAUUUGCCGUGGUCUUUUGCAGACCAUGCCAGACCACAAUGUUGAUACUUUUAUUUCUCUCUCUUCCCCUCAAAUGGGCCAGUAUGGAGACACAGAUUAUCUAAGGUAUCUGUUCCCCACAUACGUGAAAUCCAACUUGUACCGAUUGUGUUAUACACAGAUGGGUCAGACCUUUUCCAUCUGCAACUUUUGGAAUGAUCCACAUCAUCAUGGAAUAUACGUAAAUGUCAGUGAUUUCCUUGCCCCGUUGAACUCUGAAAGGCCAGAACCCAAUGCCACAGACUGGAAGAAGAAUUUUCUACGUCUCCGUAAAAUGGUUCUUAUUGGCGGCCCCGACGAUGGGGUUAUUACUCCAUGGGAGUCUAGCCACUUUGGGUUUUAUGAUGAAAAUGAGACCGUUUUGGAAAUGAAAUAUCAAAUGGUAUACCAAGAUGACACAUUUGGACUUCGCUCUAUGGAUUACCGAGGAGCAAUCACUGUAUAUGGUGUGCCAGGGGUUGUUCACACUAUGUGGCAUUCAAACCAGACAGUUUUCAAAAACUGCAUUGAAAAAUGGCUUACUUAAAACCCUGUCGUAUAUUGCUGCUAUAAUAGGGUUAAUCCAUAGCAAAAUUAUGCUGUAUUUCUGGCCUUUCUCUGCACCACCAAUUUACAUCAAUAGAGAUGUGCUCCAUAUAUUGGGUUCUAUAUGCUACCUCCCCUAGCAUACUAAUUUUCUUGCUCUGCAAACAAUUCAAUUUUCCCAAACUCUAUCCUAAUCUCUUUUCUCCUCAAUGAAAUAAGAUUAACCUAUCUAAAUGACACGGUCCCAUUUAAUAUCCCAAAGCUGUCAUCUUUACCUGCAAAUGAAUCCACAUACUACUUCCCCAACUGCAGAUGCCUCUUAGUAUUCAAUUUUUCUCCUCGGUUUUUAUCAGUUAUUGUUGUUCAGUUACAGUACUAGGUUUGCCAAGUCAAAUGAAUCCAUAUCUCUCGCUAUGUCUCUCUUAGCAUACAGAGCCUGAGUAUGCUUUUUAUGAAACUGUAAAUGAGAUAAAUAGAUAUGUGCCCAUAAUAUCUGCUGAUGAGCUGUGACGUUUACAAAGGGCCUUGAUUUUUAACACUGAAAACAUUAUUUAUGGUCUGUGUGUGUAUCAUCAAAUGGGUAAAAGAUUAGAUGUAUAUGACAAACUACUUGUGCUGGAAGCUUGGGGAAAUGGAAUAGCAGAGUCUCCCCUCUAAGGUUUUUUUAAAUUCUUUAAAUUAGUUUUGACUUCUUAAAUUCGAAAUCAAUUACACGUCCAUCAAGGUUGACGUCUACUCUGAUUAAAUCAGAUCUGACAGCUUUCUUUUUCUGUCAAACAUCACACAUUAAAGGGGUUGUUCACCUUUGAGUUAACAUUUCGUAUGAUGUAGAGCAGGGAUCCCCAACCUUUUGAACCCGUGAGCAACAUUCAGAAGUAAAAGGAGUUGGGGAGCAACACAAGCAUGAAAAAUGUUCUCGGGGUGCCAAAUAAGUGCUGUGAUUGGCCAUUUGGUAGUCCCUAUGUGGAUUGUCAACCUACAUUGAGACUCUGUUUGGCAGUACAUCUGGUUUUUAUACAACCAAAACUUGCCUCCAAGCCUGGAGCAACAUCCAAGGGGUUGGAGAGCAACAUGUUGCUCACGAGCUACUGGUUGGGGAUCACUGAUGUAGAGCGUUAUACUCUGAGACAAGUUGCAGUUGGUUUUCAUUUUUUAUUAUUUGGGGUUUUUGAGUUAUUAAGCUUUUCAGUUUGCACUUUCCUAGUUGCUAGGAUCCAAAUUACCAUAGCAACCAUGCAUUGAUUUAAUUAAGAGACUGAAAUGUGAAUAGGGGAAGGCCUGAAUAGAAAUAUGAGAUAAAAAGUAUUAAUAACAUUACAUUUGUAGCCUUAUAGAGCAAUUGUUUUUUUAAACAAGUGACUGUAUUAGCUUACCUGAAACCCCGGGCCAGAAAACUGCACCGGCUCAGGGUUAUACCAAUGAGCACCACAGAUCGAUCUUCUUUCAUCUUCCUCUUUCUUCGCGCGGCUGUGCAUGCACAGUAGAAAGAAAAGCCGAACUUUAACUAAAAAGUCGGCUAUUUCAUUCUACUGCGCAUGCGCCUGCCCGGGGAAAUUUGAAGAAAGAAGAAGACGGAAGAAGAUCGCUCAGUUUUCUGCCGAUAGGAGCACCGGCCCGGGGGUUUCAGGUAAGUAAAUACAAUCACUUGGGGGUGCCUAACAUUUGGCACCCCCAAGUGCAAACAGCCUUACCUUUAAUUGGGUCAGUGACCCCCAUUUGAAAGCUGAAAAGAGUCAGAAGGGGGGCAGAUAAUUCAAAAAAUAUUUAAAAAAAAAACAAAUAAUGAAGACCAGUAGAAAAGUUGCUUAGAAUUGGCAAUUCUAUAACAUACUAAAAGUUAACGUAAAGGUGAACCACCCCUUUAAUGAUAUAAAUGUUUGUCUGUUAUUCAGCUAGGUAAAAGAAACAACUAGCUGUAAUUUAAAUAAGUGCAAUGAGAGAGAAAUCCACGCCAAUUAUACCCUAAACAAUGUGCAUGUUGGGCAAUUCAUGAGGUGGCUGUGUUGCAUACCUAUGAAACAUGUUAAGAGUACAUUGAUCUGGAGUAUGUUCAUGUCACUGCGGUGUGGGAGCUCCUAUUGUUACUAUCAUACCCACAAUAUUGACAACCCAUUAGUGCUGUAGAACACAGGCGUUUCUAUAUAUUUAUAUGUGUAUGUGUGCUCGUGUUUUGUAACGUGAGUAGACAUGCUGCUUUUAAGAUACUUAAACUGUAUGACACUAUUAUAUGCUCUUGUGUUUUGGUAAAGCUGUGGAUGCGAUAUGCUAACUGCAGACUACAUGCUUUUGACGGCUUCUCGAAAUUCCUCAAAUAUUUUAAAUAUGUGACCGUAGCUUGCACAUUGUAUAGGGUGUACUGGGUGUGGUGAUAUCUAGCUGCUUUGCUAGAGAGUAAAGCUCUUUAGAAUGGUUCCAUACUGUAUAUGGUACUGUACUUGGUGAAGAAGACAUAGGCUAGAAAGGGCUAACUACAACUCCUAGCAUUUUCCAGCUGUCUCGUGGCAUACAUUUCAUCCCUUCCAUUAACUGUUAUCCCAGUGUACUGGUUUUCUAUACAAAUACCGACCACAUCCUCUGAUUUUGACAGUGAAACAAACAAUGUGGACAAAUCUGAGAUAGGAUUGUACCGAUAUACAAUUUCAUGCACAAUUGGGGAUCCUAAAAAGUAUUAUUUUAAAUAUGGAAGGACAUUCUACCUCUGGAUCCCAAGCCGUACCACGAAAAACAAAAAAGGUGUGCAGAAUUAAUUUGAGGAGCUUUAAGGUCCUUCAUUGAGAAAUGUGUUUUACAGUUGGAAAUAAGUCUGUAACCCCCUUAAAAGCACCAUUUAACUUAUGGAGUAUUUUCUGCUUCAUAAUAUAAAAUUAGUGCCCAUGGUACCCAAGAUUUAACGAUAUGGGAAACGUGAAGCAUUCCCUAAGUGCUGCAAUAGACAAGCCCUCUUCAAUGCAACAACACCUUCUUACCACAAGCUCGUAUUUUAAGCGGCAGGGUGGGUGGUGAUUUUUGUACACAAUAUUUUUAACACUCCAGGAAGCUCUUGUUCAUGCAGGAUCAGACUGGGAAGCUCAGGAUGUGGAAUAUUUAUGUAUUUAUAACUAUGAAAGUCCGAGCGUCAGCAGUGAUAGAUAAAAUGCACAAAAGCUGACGCAUAAGGAAGGAUUGUGUUUGGUGUAAAAUCCCAUAUAUUCCCAAACUGCUUUCCUGCAGGGAAGUCUUUUUGGAGUAUAUACAUUUUCUUCCAGGGACACGUUUACUGCCUACUGUUUAGUUGUACUGAUCAUGUUAUUCUACUUUUUUAUUCGUUGUUGUGUUCAAUAAAACAUUUCUGCAUUAAA